CCGGCAUGAAAGGGAAUUCUGGCCCACAAGGCUUACCUGGAAGUAAAGGACGAAAAGGAGAUAUUGGUAGAAAAGGAGAGCAAGGCGUAAACGGCGUACAGCAGAAAGUUGCUUUCCAUGCCAAACUACGAAACGAUCUAGGAUCUCUGACUGACAAUGAGAUUAUCAUUAUGAGGAGCGGCCUGGUUCAACUAGGGACGGGGUAUGAUGGGAAUACUGGUAUAUUCACCUGUCAAGUGGCAGGGUUAUAUGUAUUUUCUGUAACUAUCCUCGUCGAAAGGAACGGAGUGGUCGAAGUCGAGCUUAUUCGGAAUGGUUACGGUAUCCUAGACAUCUAUUCUGGAGACAAAGAACUGUAUGGUUCUGGGUCCAACAUGGUUCUUGUUGAGCUGCAGGUGAACGAUAAAAUAUGGGUCCAAGUACAUGACAACUACCACGAUCAGGGUGAAGUUCUUGUUAAUGCCUUCACAACAUUUUCGGGUUUUCUCUUAUAUGCACAAUAAUUAAUAAAUAAUCCA